AUGCCGCCCGUCCCCCUCGCCGUCUCCCUCCCCACCUUCAUCGGCAGCCUCUGCUCCACCCUCGCCUCCCUCUUCAUAAUAACCUGCUACACCAUCCUCCCGCCCCCCUCCAAACACUUCCGCCACGCCCUCAUCCUCAACCUCCUCAUCGCCGACCUCUCCAACGCCCUCUCCAACGUCCUCUCCGGCGCCGCCGUCCUCGCCCGCCACGGCAAAGUCAUCCCCGCCGGCCGCCUCUGCACCGCCUCCGGCUUCCUCAACCAACUCACCAUCCAAACCAUCGACUUCAGCAUCAUCGCAAUCUCCCUCGCCGUCCUCUGGACCAUCAAGCGCGGCGGGGUGGCCGCAAACGGCGGGCUUUUGCGCGCGCCCAGCACAGCGGCGACAAUCUGCGUGUGCGUGUGCGUGUGGGUGCCUGGGCUGACGACGGCGUCGGUGGCGCUGGGGAUCGGGGCGUUUGGUCCUGUGAGUGGGAAUUGGUGCUGGAUUAGGCAGGAACUGUUGUUGGAGAGGUAUGCGCUGACGCAUGGGUGGCGGAUUGCGAUUCUGCUGGGGACGGUCGGGAUUUAUACGUUUAUUUAUGUGCAUUUGAAUCGGGUUUAUGGGGGGUUGAGUUUGUCGAGUGGGGUUUCGGUGGAGGUGGUGGAUGGGGUGGAGGAGGUGGUUGGGUUGACGAGGGUGGAGACGGAGGGGGAGGGGGAGGAUGUGGGUGUGAGGAUGGGCGGUGUGGGUGCGAAGGGCGUGGGUGAUGGGAUUGGGAUUGGGAUUGGGAUUGCGAGUCCUGCUGCUGUCGCUACACCUGAACUACGCGCUUCAACCACAACGACAACGACAACGACAUCGACAGCAACACGCUGCUUCAACGCCUCCGUCGCCCACUCCGCCGCCGUGUCGCGCCAGCGCGAGCUGAAGCGCAUGCUGCUCCUGAACGGCUACCCGGCCAUGUACAUCAUCCUGUGGAUCCCGGGCAUCCUGAACCGCGUGGUCGAGAGCACGGCGGGCAAGUCGCCGCUGUGGCUGACGGCGCUGCAGGCCACGACGCAGUUUGUGGGUGUGGCGAACGCGGUUACGUAUGGGUAUAAUGAGGGCUUGAAGAGGCAGCUUGGGGAUCAGUGGCGGGUGUGGAGGGGGAGGAGGGGGAGGGCGAGGGAGAGGGAGAGGGGGGUUGGGUGGAGGGAUGUUGAGGGGUGA